AUGUUAUUCAAGGGAACGAAGAAAGAAUAUGUGAGGAAACAUUACGUCAAAACUCAUACCAGAACGGAUAGCGGUCGUUAUGUGGUUAAAAUGCCAAUGAGAGAAAAAAGUAAUUCUCAGUUAGGCGAAUCGAAAGACAUCGCUCUUCGGAGAUUAAAUUGGUUAUAUAAACGAUUAAAAAAAGAACCAAUUAUGUGGGAACUAUAUAAAAUUUUCAUAGAUGAAUAUCAAAGCUUGGGUCACAUGUCGGAAGUAAUCGACUGUGAAGAGCCUGAUAUUACAUACUGCAUUCCUCAUGAAGGUGUAUACCGCCCACAGAAUAACUCAACUCCUCUCCGUGUUGUCUUUAAUGCCUCACAAGCCACUACAACUGGAUAUUCUUUGAACUCUCUACUAUUGAACGGUGGAAUUGUUCAAGAAGAACUGUUUUCAAAUUUGUGUCGUUUUCGAACCCAUCGCUUUGCAUUUAUAGCGGACGUUAAAAAAAUGUAUAGGCAAAUUUUAGUUGAGGAAUCACAGCAAGAUCUUUUGAGAAUUUUAUGGAAAAAUAGUGACGAUGAUCCUAUCAAAAUUACAGCAGAAAACCUUGACAUAUGGCACAAGUUGCGAGCCAUUUUUAGCAACACGAACCUUGAAACAAUUGAUCAUUGA